CUUGUUUACACAAAACUGCGAAAAUGAAAUCGUCGAAGUUCAUGCUUGCAAUCUUUGCUGGAGUUUCUAUUGCGAUUUUGUAUGCUGGAUUAAUUGUGCUUUUUAUUCAACAAAAAAACAUGGCGCAGCUGUUAGAUAAUUUUGAUGAAAUUUUUUUACAAAACUCUAGUUUGCUUUUAAUAAAUUCAUCCGCUGCUUUAUUUCCAAAACCACUACCUACAACAACAACAACAACAACAACAACAACAACAACAACAUCUACAACAAAAAGCACAUCAACAACCACAACUAGAGCAACACCAAUAAUAUACGCAAAUGCUACAACAUGUUCUCCUUUGUUAUGCAAGCUACCAAGUUGUCGAUGUGCUGGGCUCGAUACCCCUGGAUCCUUGCCAAGCAGCAAUACUCCUCAAAUGAUAAUACUUGGAAUGGAUGGUGGUAUAAAUGUAAACAAUUAUCAAAUUUACAAAACCAUUCUCGAUGGAGCAAAAACUAUAAAUGGUUGUCCUGUCAAAAUGACUUUUUUUGUUUCUGGUGAUUAUGUUGAUUACUCUAUGGUACAAGAGCGUUCAAAUUCUGGUCAUGAGAUGGCUGAUUAUUCUAUUACGCAUCAAAGUCCUAAUACUUGGUGGACAAAUGCUAAUAGAGAACAGUUGACACAAGAAGUUGUUGGUCAGCGAAGCAAUCUAAAUUUGAGAUCUAAUGCUCCAGUUUAUGGAUGGCGUACUCCAUUUCUAGAAUCCACUGAAGUGACAUAUCAAACUAUUUAUGAAAAUAAUUUUAUAUAUGAUAGUUCAUUAGUAACACGAGUAUCAGAAAGAUGGUGGCCUUACACACUUGAUUAUUUACCAAGUUCAGCUUGUUAUCUAAAAAACUGUCCAACUAAGUCAUAUCCUGGUCUUUGGGAGGUUCCUUUACAUGUAUGGUCAGAUGGUUCAACAGGAAAUACUUGCAUCACAUUUGAUCAGUGUCUUGGAAGCGUGACUGCUGGAGAUGUAAACAGUGUUUAUAAUUUAUUGAUGCAAAAUUUUAACAUGAGUUAUUAUGGUGGCAAGCAACCAUUUACAAUGUUUGGAUCACCUUUAUGGAUGGAUGAACCUUCUGAAGAGUACAGAAAAAAUGGUUUAAUAAAGUUCAUGAAUACUGUGAUGCAACUUCCUGAUGUUUAUUUUGUAACUGCAAAAGAUUUGAUUGAUUGGACAAAAAAUCCAAUUGGAUUGGAUAAAGGACCGUUUCCUUGCUCUAGUAUUCAAAUUGUUUCAAAUAUACCUACAUUAACAACACCUGCACUACCUCUCACUGUACCAAUUGUUCGUAAAGUGUACAAUCCUGCUAUACCAUGUAACCCAUCUAUUUGCAAGCUACCUAAUUGUCGUUGUACUGGUGUUGAUACUCCUGGUGGUUUACUACCAAGUAACACUCCUCAGAUUAUGUUAUUUACAAUGGAUGAUGGAAUCAAUGUAAAUAACAUUCAGAUUUACAAAGACCUUUUUGAUGGAGUAAAAAAUGCUAAUGGAUGUCCUGUCAAAGCUACUUUUUUUGUAUCAGGCGAUAAUACUGAUUACUCAAUGGUAAAAGAACUUAAUGAUAGAGGGCAUGAAAUUGAAGAUCACUCAGUUACUCACAAAUUUCCAAUAUCCUGGUGGUCAACCAAUGCUUCAUAUGACGAUUUGGAGUUUGAAGUUCUGACACAGAAGUUAACGUUGGAAACAAAGUCUUCUGCACAAAUAUCUGGUUGGCGAACUCCAUUUUUAGGAUCAACUGAAAACACCUUUAGAGUUUUAGCUGAUAAUAACUUUUUGUAUGACAGCUCUAUUGCUACUCCAGUCGGAGUUAGAUGGUGGCCAUACACUUUUGACUACUUACCAACAAUACCUUGUCCUGUUAAAAACUGUCCAACCAAUUCUUAUCCUGGUCUGUGGGAAAUGCCUUUAAACACUUGGUUUUGCAAUGAUAAUGGUACUGUUGGAGCAAUGUUUGAUGAUUGUGCCCCUUACCUGGUAGACCAAGAUCCUGAUUCUGUCUAUAAUAUGUUUAUGAAAAAUUUUUUACUUCAUUAUAAUGAUAAAAAAACACCUUUUUCUAUGUUUGCCCAUUAUUUUUGGUUUGCUGGUCCUACUUUAAGUUAUAGAAAACAAGGACUUAUUAAAUUUUUGAAUAAAGUCCGGUUGUAUCCUGAUGUUUUUUUUGUAUCUGUUAAAGACGCUAUUCAGUGGACAAGAAAUCCAGUUGGUUUGGAUAAAAAACCUUUUUCUUGUUAAAGCAAAACUAAUUUGAGAAAUUAGAUUUUAUGUUAUUAUUCAAGUGUAAAUUAUUAUUAACGACAUUUUUUUAAUCGAUCAAUACUGAAAAAAUA